AUGAUGAUGAUACCUGAGAUGUGCCCCGCGGAAGCUCAGGAUCUGAUCCGGGCUGCAUUGAGUGACAUGUUUGACGAAAAGGAACUUUUUAUCAAAAUGAAAAAGCCCCACUCCCCAUACUCAACUGCGAACCUGUGAUGCGCGAUCUGUGUAUACAUAUUUAUCAGCUGUGUCUUGCUGCAGAGAGGCGCUGCAGGUACUAGAUCCUAAGCUGCCUGUUCAGGGAUGCAGUGGGAUAGAGCUUCGCAUGGCAGAAGCAUGUUCCGUGGGCACAACAGUAUCUUCACAAAUCGCCUGCAUAAUCCGGCGUUAGAUUCUCUCGAUUUGCUCUCUUGCAGGACUACACAUCAAGAACUUUCAGAAGCAGAUUUAUUCAAUAGGGGGAGGGGGGCUGUCUGCUUGCGAUGCUUUUAGAGGAGCCGCCCCCCGCGGCCGGCUUCGAAGCCCUCAGCGAGCUGAUCGGGUCGGAGAUGCAAUCACUCGGAAGAAGGGUGGAAGCCCUGCAAGAGGAGCUGCGCCGGCACAACUACGUCUCUAGUACAACAGGAGCCCAGUGGUCCUCGGCGGCGGGGACGCAAGGAGUGGCCCCAACGCUCCUUCCGGCUUGCUUGCAAUCCGACACCUGAGCGAAGGGGAAUGAUCUUCCGCCCUCCUGGCCCACGCGGGCUCACUCGCGAGCGCUGGAACGAGCGAGGACGAGUGCAGCUGAGGGCGUGCAGGCCGCUACCGG